AUGCCGCCAGCUUCAGCCGCGGAGGGAUCUACGAAAAGGAAGAAGGGUGGCGCUGCACCUCAUCUCAAGUCGCGCUCCAAGAAUGCUCGAAAACUCAAGAGGCAGACCGAAGAUGCCGAGAUUGCUCAGCUCGAACAGGGCGCAAGUAGCUUCGUAGCAUCGGGUGAGUUGAAGCACUUCGCUCAGCUGCCACUGUCCGAUCGCACACGAAGAGGACUCAAGAAGGCAGGCUAUACCGACAUGACCGACAUUCAGGCCAAAUCCCUCCCCCUGUCGCUCAAGGGCAAGGACGUUCUGGGAGCAGCGAGGACAGGGUCUGGAAAGACGUUGGCGUUUUUGAUACCAGUCCUUGAGCUUCUAUUUCGAAAGAAGUGGGGUCCCUCUGACGGUCUUGGCGGGCUGAUCAUCUCGCCAACCCGAGAGCUGGCCAUUCAGAUCUUCGAGGUUCUCCGCAAGGUUGGACCCUAUCACACCUUCUCGGCGGGUCUCGUCAUCGGUGGCAAGGAUGUCAAGCAGGAGAAGGACCGCUUGUCACGCAUGAACAUUCUGGUCGCGACACCAGGUCGGCUUUUGCAGCACAUGGACCAGACCCUUGGCUUCGACACGUCCAAUCUCCAAGUACUGGUCCUGGACGAGGCGGAUCGCAUUCUUGACAUGGGCUUCUCGCGCACUCUCAACGCAAUCGUCGAGAACCUUCCUCGUGACCGCCAGACCAUGCUCUUCUCCGCAACACAGACCAAGCGUGUCAAGGAUCUGGCAAGACUGUCGCUGCAAGAUCCCGAGUACGUGGCUGUCCGCGAGCCCGAGAACGAAGGCUCCACGCCGCGAGGCCUGGAGCAGCAUUACAUGCUUGUCGAGCUAGAAAAGAAGCUCGACCUGCUCUACUCCUUCAUUCGCACUCACACCAAAUGCAAGGCGCUCGUCUUUAUGAGCUCGUGCCGUCAGGUCCAAUUCGCUCACGAAACGUUCUGCAAGCUGCGACCAGGUGUCAGUCUCAUGGCGCUGCACGGAAAACAGAAGCAGGCCAAGCGUCUGCAGAUCUUCACGCAAUUCACAAAGACGCAGCACGCCCUCUUGUUCGCCACCGACAUUGCUGCGCGCGGUCUUGACUUUCCCGCUGUCGACUGGGUCAUACAGCUCGACGUUCCGGAGGACGUCGACACCUACAUCCACCGCGUUGGCCGAACCGCUCGAUACACUGCCAAGGGUAACAGUCUGCUCUUCGUCCUUCCUAGCGAAGAGAAGGGCAUCCUCGAAGCAUUGGCUACCAAGAACAUCCCCAUCGGUCGCAUCAAGCCCAAGGAGAGCAAGACGCAGAGCAUUCAGAACCAACUGCAAGCCUUUGCGUUCCAAGAGCCUCAGAUCAAGCAUCUUGCGCAGAAGGCUUUCGUCUCUUACGUCCGCUCCAUCCAUCUGCAGAAGAACAAGGAUAUCUUCGAUGUCACAGCUUUGCCGCUGGAACCCUUCGCGGCCUCCCUGGGUCUGCCAGGUGCACCCAAAGUCAAGUUCGUCAAAGAAGCAGCCAAGGCGAAGAAGGCUGCCGCUUACAAGGCUGCUGAACAGACUGGCAACAGUGGCAAAGAAGAUGGAAGCGACUCGGACGAAGGCACAGACAAGAACGGCAAGGUGCGCACCAAGUACGACCGCAUGUUCGAACGCAAGAAUCAGGACAUUCUCAGCGAGCACUACGCCAAACUUAUCGCCGACGAUGACUCCUCGGCGGCGAGCAGUGACGGUUCGGACGCGAGCGGGGACGAUUCAGAUUCUGAUGCCACUUCGGACGAUGGCGAUGAAGAAGGCAAUGAGGAGACUCGUUACGGCCGCUCCGCAGGGCAACGCAAGGAGGAUCGCCUCAUCGGCAGUGACACUUCGGAUUCGGAGGAGUCGAGCGAUAACGACAGCGACGACGAUACCGCGGGGGCGCUCCGAAAGCCAAAGCUGACAUCCAAGGCAAGCAUCACGGCUACCAGUGUAGAUGCUGGCGACGACUUCCUGACGCUCAAGCGAGCUGAUCACGCGCUCGAGGAUGACGGAGAUGCGUACGGUAUCGGUGGCGGAGAUGAUCUGCCCGUCAGCAUGGAGCAAGCCAAAGCGGACGCCACCGAGAAUUUGUCCAAGCGCAAGCUGGCUAUGGGUCAGAGCAAGAAAGCGUUGGCGUUGGCUGGAAAGCGCGGGAUCGGCGAGAAGCUCGUCUUUGACGAGGACGGCGAAGCGCACGCUUUGUACGAGCUGCAGGACGAGGAAGCGUUCAACCAGCAAGGCGAUGCCAGGACGCAGGCACAGCGCUGGGAGCUGGAGGAACGCGAGCGCAUGCAAGAGGCCGAUGUCAAGGACAAGGAGCUGGCCAAGGAGAAGCGUCGCGAGAAGCGUCGUCGACAGAAGGAGCGCGAGAAGGCUCUUGACGAUGACUCGGACGACGACGACAAUGACGACGACGACGCUGACGCUGGCGGCAGAGCCGUGUUGGCGCCCAUCGACAACCGCUCGGACGGCUAUGAGACGCCCGACUUUGAGCUCUCUUCCGACGAGGAAGACGACGACGACGACGAUAGCGAUGACGACGAAGCUCAGAUGGCAUUUGAAGCUCCUGCUGCCAAGCGUCGCAAGACCGCACCCACUCAAAGCAAGAAGAGCAAGCUCGAGCAGGAGGAAGAGUUGGCCCUGCGGCUGCUCGCAGGCGACGCUUGA